UAUAUAUAGAGUCCCCAAAACCAACCCCGAAGCCCCUCUCCUCCUUCCCCCUUCUCUAUGUUGGUUUGCUUAACCUGACUGAAAAAAAAGUAUACUAGUAAAUAUACGAGCUGGGGUUUGAGAGGGUACUUCCCAAUUCGACGAUCAAAGUGGCGAUGCCUCCGCGGUCGGAGCCGAUAGAGACGGCCGCAGCAGAGGAAGAGGAAACACGGGGAGCCGAGCCCAAGGUGGAGGAGAUGGAGCCGCUCAUCCCCGGGUUGCCGGACGAGGUGGCCGAGCAGUGCCUCCUUCACCUGCCCUUCCCUUACCAGUCCCUCGCCCGCUCGGUUUCCUCGUCCUGGAACCGCGCCCUCUCCAGCCCGUCCUUCAUCCGGUCCAAGGCGAAGGCCGCCGCCGCCCUCUCCCUCCCAUACCUGUUCGCCUUCGCCUUCGACCGCUCCACCCUCCGACUUCAGUGGCAGGCCCUGGACUGCCGCACCAGCCGCUGGUUCGUCCUCCCCCCCAUGCCGCUCCCCGCCGGGGGCGACGGCCCGCUCUGCCCGCCGGCCUUCGCCUGCGCCGCCAUCCCCGGCCGCGGCGAGCUCUACGUGCUCGGCGGCAUGCGGGCCGACACCCAGUCCCCGCUCCAGACCCUCCUCGCCUACCGCGCCGGCACCAACUCCUGGUCCGCCGCGGCGCCGAUGCCCACCCCGAGGUGCUUCUUCGCGGCGGGGGCGAUCGGGGGCCGGAUCUUCGCCGCGGGGGGCGACGACGGCGGGAUCUCGGCGGUGGAGUGCUACGACCCCGCGGCGGACCGGUGGGCACCAGCCGCGGGGAUGCGGCGGGGGAUGGCGCGGUACGACGCGGCGGUGGUGGGGCGGCGGAUGUACGUCACGGAGGGCUGGACCUGGCCGUUCGACUCGUCGCCGAGGGGCGGCGUCUACGACGCGGAUCGCGACGCGUGGGAGGAGAUGAGGGUGGGGAUGCGGGAGGGGUGGACGGGGGCGAGCGCGGUGGUGGGCGGGCGGCUGUACGUGGUGUCGGAGUGCGGGGACGGCCGGGUGAAGGCGUACGACGAGGAGACCGACCGGUGGAGGGCGGUGGCGGGCGGCGCGGUGCCAGCCGAGGUGAAGCGGCCGUACGCGGUGACCGGCGGCGGGGCGGCGGAGGAUGGGAGGAUCUACGUGGUGGGGAGCGGGCUGGACGUCGGGGUGGGGACGGUGGUGGAAGCAGCAGCGGGGGGCAGGGGGGCGGUGGAGAGGGUGGAAUGGCAGGUGGUGAAGGGGCCGCCGGCGUUCGCGGAUCUGGCGCCUUGCAACGCACUCGUGCUCUACGCUUGAUAAGGUUAAAUAAUGAGGAGUUAAAAAAAGGGUUUAUUACGGGUUCCACUCCCUCUCUCUCUCGAAUGUACUCUGUCUGUGUUGCUUCCUUCUUCUUUUUCCUCUACUAGUAUUAUUAGUAUUAUUAUUAUUAUUAUUUCACAUGAAUAAUAAUAUACAUACUUCUACUC